CCGGGUGGCAAUUUCGCACAUGGACCAAACGUCAAGUGUGAACAAUGUUGUACGUCACGUAGAAAGAGUCCGCGAGUGUUUUUAUCAAAAAUAUCACUGAAUAAAAUGACAAAUUGUUUACAUCGGCAGCGGCAGUGAUCAAACUACCCAGAAAUGAAGUUAAUCAGCAGGAAUGUAGACAAGGGCGGCAGUGGGGCUGUCGUGCUGAUGCCAGAGGAGUCGGAGGACAUGUGGCAUGCCUACAAUCUGAUUUCCGAGGGCGACAAUGUCAAGUGCACAACGAUCCGGAAGGUGCAAAAUGAGACCGCCACCGGCUCCUCGAGCAGCAAUCGCGUCCGGACGACACUCACGAUCACGGUGGAGAGCAUAGACUUCGACACGCAGGCGUGCGUGCUGAGGCUGAAGGGGCGCAACGUGGAGGAGAACCCGUAUGUGAAAAUGGGCGCCUAUCACACGCUGGAUCUCGCGCUGAACCGCAAAUUCACGUUGGCGAAGCCCGAGUGGGACACGAUCUCGCUGGAGCGCAUCGACAUGGCGUGCGACGUGACCCAGAGCGCUGACGUGGCCGCGGUGAUCAUGCAGGAGGGCCUGGCGCACGUGUGCCUCAUCACGUCCAGCAUGACACUGGUGCGCAGCAAGAUCGAGGUGGGCAUUCCGCGGAAGCGCAAGGGAUACGUGCAGCAGCACGAGAAGGGCCUGGCCAAGUUCUACGAGGCCGUGAUGCAGGGCAUCCUGCGGCACGUGAACUUCAACGUGGUGAAGUGCGUGCUGGUGGCGUCGCCGGGCUUCGUGAAGGAUCAAUUCUACGACUACAUGUUCCAGCAGGCUGUGAAGACGGACAACAAGGCGCUGCUGGACAACAAGAGCAUCUUCAUGCUGGUGCACGCAUCGUCUGGCUUCAAACAUUCCCUCAAGGAGGUGCUGCAGGAUCCGGCAGUGGCGGCCAAGAUGAGCGACACCAAAGCCGCUGGCGAAGUGAAGGUGCUGGAGCAAUUCUACACGACGCUGCAGUGCGAACCGGCGAAGGCGUUCUACGGCAAGAAACACGUCACGUCCGCUGUGGAGGCGCAAUGUGUCCAAACGCUCCUCAUCUCAGACAAUCUCUUCAGAUGCCAAGACUUCAACCAGCGCAAAGAGUACGUUCACCUUGUCGACGCCGUCCGGGAUUCUGGUGGCGAAGUGAAGAUAUUCUCCAGCAUGCACGUGUCCGGAGAGCAACUGGCACAGCUGACAGGAAUAGCGGCAAUUCUGCGCUUUGCCAUGCCUGAACUCGAGGAUGACAGCGAUGAGGACAAGAGUGACUCAGAUUGAUGCCCAUUUCCGCCAGAACGA